CCUCCUCCCAAGAUCCCUCCCCAUCCACCCUAUUUCUGUCCUUCUGCCGUGUGCUCGUCCCUGGUGAUGACCCGGGGUGUGGCACCGUUAAUCCUCUGGGGGCGACUCGUCUGAAAAGUCUUGGCUCUGUCUGGAUCUGUGUUUGGCUCUGUCUCCAAGUGCGGAGAGCUCUCCACCAAAUUUGGUCACGGUCAUGGUCCCGGCCAAGAGGAUUGCGGGUGGUACCCGGUUGUGUUCCGUCUGUCUGUCUGUCUGUCUCUGUCUCUCUGCUGCUCUCGUCUCAUGCAUCAGCUCGCUCCAUCUCAGCUUGAUCUUUGAAGCUCAUUUACAUUGUCUCAACAACACCAUCUCUCAUUGGAUCAACCACUCCCUCGGCGCUCCCCCUCCAACUCAACCACAAGUCUCUGGCUCAUCUCAACGCAAGUCUCUCGGACAAGUCCGCAAGAAAACUCCAGGUUACACUACGGCAUUCGGCGUUGGCCACCACCAUCAUCUUGAACUCUCAGACUCCCAAAGUCCCUACCAACCAGCUCCAAUUCGCAUACCAUCGGCCGGACAGGAAGUCAGGACAUUCUACAUUCGAUCCUGCGGCCUUGUGUUCCCACCUACGUCGACACCGGCAUCCUACCUUCGCAGCCAAGGACGUCCGACAACUUUGACGUCUGUCGUGCGUUGUACACAGUCAGAAAUCAGCUUUCCUUUUCCAGUAGUGAACCGGCCCGGCUUGUCUACCUCGCAGCAGGAACGAGCGUCAGUCAAGGGUCUCAUAUAUCACUACUCUUUUCGGGGUCGAAAAGCUACAGCUGGGCAGGUCUCAGCCAGGUUGCGUACGCACAGCAUCCGGACACAGGAGCAACACGUACCAUUUUCCUCCUUGCACACUAGAAUCAGCUAUUGCGUCCUUCCCGACUAUCGAGUCGUAGUCGAAUUACUAGAUACCCCGCAGCGUUGCUCUUACAUUGAGUCCGGCUGCCUUCAGUGUACAUUCGAUCACAAUGGCUUUCCAUGACCAGAACAAAUUCCUCUACGCUCUGAGCUCCAACCAAGCUUGGGCCGGAUACAAAUCAC